AUGACUGAUGAGGUUAAAGUCAGGCCCAGUAAUCACACUAAAGUGGAGAAAGACGUCGAAGAGAAGAAGAAAAGAGGAAACCAGCAGAGGGAUGAAGGAGACAAACCGACCAAUCACAGCUUCUCUGUAUUCCUUCCGUUCCCUCCUCCCCCUCACACGAGCUCAGGGGACCCCGUGUCCUUCAUCCCUCCUCCUCCUCCUCCUCCUCUCUGGCUGUUUGGAGAGUCUGGCGGCUCUGCAGGCGUCAACGUCACGUCCAGCAUGUUGAUGUUGUGGUACAUGUGUGGCUACAUGGUCAGUAACACGCCGCCUCAGCAGCGUUCAGAUCAUCUGGUCACUUUAUAAAAAUAACACUUAAAUAUGCUUUCUGGGUCAGACCUUUCAGUCAGCAUCCAUGGUCAUCUCAGGGAGAACAGUCUGACUUCCUGCUGGCUCUGACGUCUCCACAGAGUUUUAAACAGAAGAUAAAAUCACUUUUAGAAGAUAAACUUUGGUAACAGAGUUUUAAUCUAAAGGUUUUUAAACCGGCUGCACACGCAGCAGCGCAGCAUGACGGCUGUAAACUUUAUCGUUUUGUCUCAGAAUGAAGGAAAAUAAACAAACUGAUGUAAAUGAAGAGCAGAACAACUUGU